AGUCGGCCCCACUUAGGGUCUCAACUUCAAUUUUCUCUUCCGGCGCCGCCACAAGGGCAGGAAAAACUAUCUCAAAUACAGCGCCGCUUCUCUUCUGAUAAUAUCUACACCAUUGUACGGACCAGGCUGAAGAUAUCUGAAAAGCAAAAUGUGGAAGCUUAACAUUGGUGAAGGAGGCCCAUGUCUCAAGAGUCGAUAUGAUUUCAUAGGAAGACAAGUGUGGGAGUUUGAUCCAAAACUUGGAUCCCUUGAAGAGCGAGAGGCUGUAGAAAGGGCUCGACAAGAAUUUCGGAGGCAUAGGUUUCAGAAAAAACAAGCAUCAGACUUGCUAAUGCGGAUGCAGUUUGCAAAAGAGAAUAAUCAUGAUGAUACAAAUCUACCGCAAGUGAAACUCAAAGAAGAUCAGGAAAUUUCCGAAGAGGCCGUCAGAACUACAUUGAGAAGAGCUAUUGGCUAUUUCUCAACCAUUCAGGCACAUGAUGGGCAUUGGCCAGCAGACUUUCCAGGACCCUUAUUUCUAACUCCGACCUUGGUCAUUGCUUUAUAUGUUACUGGAGCAGUAAACAGUGCUUUUUCAGCAGAGCACCAGGAGGAGUUAUGCCGCUACAUCUACAACCAUCAGAAUGAAGAUGGAGGUUGGGGUUUCCACACAGAGGGUCUAAGCGUCAUGUUUAGCACUGCUCUAUGCUACACAGCAUUGAGGCUACUCGGUGAGGAGGUUGAUUACAACGAAGAUGGAGCUAUGGUGAAAGGGAGAAAUUGGAUACAUGACCACGGAGGGGUAACAGCUAUACCAACUUGGGGGAAAAUGUGGCUUUCAGUACUUGGAGUGUUCGAAUGGUCGGGAGUAAAUCCCAUACCACCGGAGCUUUUUAUCUUUCCAACCAUUCUUCCCAUUCAUCCAGGGAGGUUCUGGUGUCAUUUUAGACUGGCAUAUCUACCUAUGUCUUAUUUAUACGGGAAGAAGUUUGUCGGUCCGGUUACAAGCACCGUUCUGUCGCUGAGAGAGGAGCUGCACAAUCAUCCUUACCAUGACAUUGACUGGAAUCUGGCACGUAACCUGUGUGCAAAGGAAGACCUCUAUUACCCUCAUCCUCUCGCACAAGAUGUUCUUUGGGAAUGCCUACAUAGAAUUGGUGAGCCACUUCUGAGACGCUGGCCUCUUUGUAAAUUGAGAGAGAGGGCUCUGCAAGCCAUUAUGGAGUAUAUACACUACGAAGAUGAGAACUCUGUAUAUAUUUGUGUUGGGGCUGCACAAAAGGUUUUAUGUAUGCUCUGCUGUUGGGUGGAAGAUCCAAGUUCAGAUUCAUUUAAGCUCCAUCUUGCGAGAAUACCUGAUUAUUUGUGGACCGCGGAGGACGGCAUGAAAAUGCAGGGUUGUGGAAGUCAGCUAUGGGAUGCCGUACUUGCGGUCCAAGCAAUUUUGUCGAGCAUGCUUGUAGAGGAAUAUGGGACUACUCUAAUGAAAGCACAUGAAUUCAUAAAACUCUCACAGAUUCUGGAGAACCCUUCUGGCGACUUCAGGCGUCGGCACCGUCACAUCUCCAAAGGGGGGUGGGCUUUCACAAUUCCAGAUCAUGGAUGGCCAGUAUCUGACUGCACAGCUGAGGCUCUUAAGGCUGCACUGCUAUUAUCAAGGAUUUCACCGAAUAUAGUGGGACAGCCAAUGGCGACCGAGCAAUUAAACAAUGCCCUAAACAUUAUUCUUUCUCUGCAGAAUAGGAACGGGGGAUUCUCUACAUGGGAGUUAACACGUACAUAUCAGUGGAUAGAGUUUUUCAAUGCUUCGGAGUUCUUUGCAGACAUUGUUCUUGAGUAUCAGUAUGUCGAGUGCACUUCGUCAGCCAUACAGGCAUUGGCAUUAUUUAAGGAAAUCUACCCUGGAUAUCGAACAGAAGAAGUAGAAAGUUGCAUACAAAGAGGAAUGAAAUUUAUAGAAAAUAAACAAGAGGACGAUGGUUCAUGGUAUGGUUCAUGGGGAAUAUGCUACACUUACGGCACAUGGUUCGGAGUGGAGGGUCUUGUAGCGAGUGGGAAGACCUACGACACGAGUUCCAGCAUCCGUAGAGCUUGCCACUUUUUAUUGUCAAAGCAAUUAGCAUCCGGUGGUUGGGGGGAGAGCUAUCUUUCAUCAAAAAACAAGGUGUAUACAAAUCUAGAUGGUAACUGCUCGCAUCUCGUAAAUACUGCAUGGGCAAUGCUAGCUCUUGUGAAAUCUGGCCAGGUUGCCAGAGAUCCUGCACCUUUGCAUCGUGCAGCAAAAUUCCUCAUAAAUACGCAACAAGAAAACGGGGAUUUCCCUCAACAGGAAAUGCUGGGAAGCCUUGGCAAGAAUGGGGUGUUGAACUAUGCAUCGUAUAGGAAUAUAUUCCCAAUAUGGGCUCUUGGAGAGUAUCGGAAGCAUCUUCUAUGGAAUUCCAAUACUUCCGCAGUUGAUAACAUUCGUGUAUAAGAGCAUCAGCACCAUUAUGGUUCAAACUUAAGCUAUUGUUAUUUGGUCAAACAAAGAAGAACUUGAUAGAUUACAACUACCGUUGAGCCAAGUCUGUUGCAUGAACUAUGCACCUCCGCUGAAAACACCUACAAUUUGAAUGCAGCGAAUAUGAGAUGAAAUCUAUAUUUUUUCGGCUUGAGGAUGAAUCAAUCACUUUGGCAUAUAGUCAUUGGUGGGAGGAACACUAUAUUCUCGCCAGGCAUCUCAUCAGUAAUUACCUACUUUCAUGAUCAUAAAUAUGCAAAAUCACAACAGGUUUUUUCUUCCAAAAAACAUGACAUCAAUCUGCUUUCAAAAACAAGAUAAAACAUAGAUGAAAGAGAAAAAUGUUUCCCCAUCAUAACUUAAGCCUUCAGAAACCGCCAGCAUGUGAUGGGCUGUUCUGAGCCAUUCGAUGGAAAAAGUUGGUGGCAGAAUUCAGGGGCAAAAUGGGGCCCACACCCACUCCCAUUGCCCAGACGUGCAGUUAUGAUAGUAUUCAUAGUGAAAUCAUUGAGGCAAGUUAGUAAGGUAUUAGAAUGGUACUAGCAGGAGAGUAAUGAUACAUGUCGUAUGAGAUGAGAAGUGCUGUAAAACGAGCCUUGGAAUGAAUCAUGUUCCAAGAUAUUUCGGAAUUAUGAUGAAUCAUCUGCCUAGGAGGAUAAACAUAGCAUGAAGAAAAGAAGAAAGUUUGCAGGAUUCUGUAAAAAUCCAAGUCCUGCAUGAGGAUGGCAUCUAAAAGAAGAAAAGCAUGUGUCCUCUUUCAUGUCGAAAUCUGCAAAUAAUACCUAAAAGAGCACAUGCUACAAAGAGGGCUACUUUUGUAAACAUUAAAAUGCCAGGUACAUUGUAAGGAUAUCCUGAUAAAGUAGACAUAAAGGAGAUGGUGUACGCAUACUGAAGUGCCA